UAUUAAUCGAAUUGCUGUUGUUCAUUGCCGCCAUUGUUUUAUUGUUACAAACCAAAGAAAAUGCCUGCAAAGAAGAACGAAGGAGCAAAGAAGAUGACAGAAGAGGAGCUCUUACUCCUAGAAAGCUCUCGUCACGUAUCUAUGGCCACUUCUGCUCUUUUCUAUGGGAACGCUUUCAUUGUUUCUGCUCUGCCACUUUGGUUGUAUUGGAGGAUACAGAUGCUUGAUCCACUCACAUACUCUCCGUUGUUCGUCAUAUUUGUUUGCGUGAGUACCUACCUUGUUGCGUAUGCCUACAGAAACCUCCAACACACAAUGAAAUACAAGAUUGCCCUACGUCGUGAAGGUGUCAUUUCUCGUGAAGUUGCUCAAGAGCUAAGCAAAGAGAACAAGCAGGAGCGUGAUACAAAAGCAUCAGAAAAGAAGAAUAAAGUUGCAGAUAGAGAGGCGACUGCCUUCUCCAUAUUUUACAGCAAUACACUGUAUUUCUUCAUACUCUUGGUUCUGUUCUGGUUUAUGAGAACAUUUCAUCCAGUUGUUAAUUUCUCCAUAACGACUUCAGGAUCUGCUUUUCUACUGGCUUUUUUCUCAACAGGUGGAAAGACAAAGUAGAGCCCAUUCAUGCUAUAGAGGUGUAAUCUUAUUAAUAAUUUUUCAAAUCUAGGACGUAACUAUUAUUAUUAUUAUUAUUUUCAAUUUUUUCACAAUGUACAGUUACCCAUUGCCUCUA